AUUGCACCGCCCCUUGCGACCUGCAGUUGCCUGCUCCGGCACUCAGGAAACGACCCUGACACGCAUCGGUCGACCGCCAACGCGCCGCCAGCCACUACCUCUGCCCAGGUCACCACACUACAGCCGCCAACGUCGCCGACCUCGCCCAGUUCCAAUCCCGUUCGGCAGUAGCGUCCGUUCCGACUCGCCGAGACCCGACCCCCGACGCCUCGCCUCCCGAGUACUCGGCGCCACCUCUCAACGUCUCAAAGGCUCCCAUCACCUCCCAGCCGCCGGCUCCCUUCCGCUCGAGUCUCUAGCAUAGUCUCUGCGGUUUGAAUGUUGAGCACCGCGACGCUUGCGGACCCCCUGAGUUCCACCACCCUCGCGCUGUGAGGCUGCUCCAGCUCGCACGCCAAAACCUGCCCGGCCCCUCGCGCCCCCGGCGGCGCGGCAGCCUCCUGAGAGGCGCCCACGAAUGGUUUUGAGCUCUAUCUAGCCCGCACACGCUUGGACGACGGAGGAGGGAUGCACCCGACAAAGGCCAAGUCCGAUUCGGGGCGCAAGGCCAAGCUCGCGAACUCCUAUCAGGCCCUCCUCGACGAAUUCUCGAACAAGGACCUCAAGUCAGUUGGAAAUUACACUCUCGGCCGCCUGAUUGGAAAGGGCUCAUUUGGCAAGGUCUAUCUUGCGUCGCACAAGCUCAUCAAUGGCUCCAAGGUCGUCCUCAAGUCCGCCCAGAAAGAUGACUCCAACCUCGCGCGCGAGAUCCACCACCACAGGCAGUUCGUGCACCCGCACAUCGCACGACUGUACGAGGUUAUAGUUACGGAGACUAUGGUAUGGCUGGUACUGGAAUACUGCCCGGGCGACGAGCUCUACAACUACCUGCUGAGGCAUGGGAAGUUGCCCGUCGAGAAAGUACAGAAGACGUUCGCACAACUUGUGGGCGCCGUCUCGUACGUUCACAUGCAAUCGUGCGUACACCGCGACCUCAAGCUCGAAAACAUCCUGCUCGACAAGCACGAAAACGUCAAGCUCGUCGACUUUGGCUUCACGAGGGAAUAUGAGGGCAAGUCAAACUAUCUGCAAACCUUCUGCGGCACCAUCUGCUACUCGGCUCCCGAGAUGCUCAAAGGCGAGAAAUACGCGGGUGAAAAGGUCGAUGUGUGGAGUUUAGGCGUCAUUCUUUAUGCCCUCCUGUGCGGCGAGCUGCCAUUCGACGAGGACGACGAUAACGAUACGAGGCGCAAAAUCCUAUCCGAGGAGCCCAGAUAUCCAGACCACCUGCCUCCAAUCGCUCUCUCGCUUCUCCAGAUCUUGCUGUCUAAGCGACCACUGCGCCGCCCCUCUCUCGCCGACAUCCUCAGCCACCCCUUCCUCGCCGAUCACGCGGUCAACCAACAAACCAUCCUAGGCAUACAGCAGCCGUCACCGUUCUCGACCGUGCUUGAAAAGGAGGUGCUGCAGCGCAUGCGGAGCGCUGGUGUCAACAUGGAUGCCGUCAUCGAGUCGGUCAUCUCGCAACGCUGCGACCCACUCGGGGGCUGGUGGGCCCUGUUGACGGAGAAGGAGGAGAGGAAGCAGCGGAGACGCGAGAGGAAACGGCGGGAGAAGGAACAGGAACGCCGUAGUUCUCGCCGCCUGUCCACCACCUCUAGCAGGCUUGAAAGGCUGGCGACGGUCGGCGAGGAGGCGGCAGGCCACCGCCGCGCCCACGGCUUCGUCAAGAUUGGAGACCCUCCCCCACCCAGGACUAGGGGCCGCACGGAGCGCAGGAGCGGUUACUACCCAGACCUUAACAUCCCGGAUUCGCCUGGCUUCAGAGACGUGGACAAGCUCAACGGGAGCCUCAGUCCCGACAGUGAGGUGCCGCCGCCGCCCAUAGACAAGGACUCGAUCCGCUCAGUCAGCUCCUCACGUCAGAGAAGGCCAAUACCGCCCCCAAAGGAAGGUAUCCUCCGCAGCGCACGAUCUAGGGGUUCGACCCUCCACCUGGUGACCACGAGUGACGCGCUGGGCAGCAGUAGCGCGGGCAGUCAUCUCGGUGUCAAUGGCGUCGAUGGGAGUGGUGCCAGCGGGCAAGAGGACAUGCAGCAAAAGGUGCGCAAGAAGCCAUCUCAAGUUAUAGUGGCGCACUGGAAGAACUGGACCCAUUGGUUCUUCGAAAACACGCGUCGUCACAAAGGCCCGGGCAAGCGUCCAAGCAUCUCAACGCCCAACCUGCUCGACAGGGUCGGCAGGGGUGGGAAUAAAGACAACAAAUCCAAGGACACCAGCCCGAGGCCGCAAACCAGCAAGUACCCAACGUCUGGCAGUUCGGGGUCACACAACAACAUCUCGGGACUGCCCAAGGGUGUCGUGGCGAAUGGCUUUGCCGCCAGAGGCGCAGCCUCGCCGGCUGCCCCUCGAGCCGGAACGGCUGGCAGCGGAGGUGCCGUGGCUCCAAACGGCACGGCGGUGUCAGCGGCACCCUCGUCGACGUCGCAUCCACCCCAACAUCCAAGGAUAUACACGGGCGGCGGCGGCGGCAAUUCUUCCGCCUACAAAAGGCAGUCGCUCUCGCCCUCCCCAUUGACUCCCCGCACGGCUAUGCGGCGGUCUUCUGCAGGAACGGCUGGCCUGCGCGGGCGCAAGUCGACCUCGUCCUCUGUCUCGUCGGUGCGCUCCAUCCACCACCACCACCACUCACACUCCAAGGCCAGCUCCACAAGCUCCAACGGCUCCGUCUCGACCAGCAUGUCCAAGGCUACAAUGCACGCCACCCGGUCUCCACACCACUCCGUCAAGGUCCUGCCCGCGACGCCAACCUCGGGCGCGUUCCCCAACAACAUCCGGCUCGUGCGCGGACCCUUUGCCGAGGGCGCACCGCCCGGCGCCUCGUUGUCUAUGCAGCCGCCCGGCUCGCCCAAUCCCUUCGGCGGCAGCGGCUCCUCCGUUCUGUUCGCCAAGCGCAAGCGCAACAUCUUCAAGGGGCCCAUGCUCUCCUUUGCCGGCGGAGGCGGCGGCGGCGGCGGGUCGGGCGCUAGGAGCACGAGCUCCGGGUCCCACUCGCGCUCUGCUAGCGCAAACGGGCUGGGGCGCAGGAGCGGCGAGAUCACGAUUGAGGAGGAGGACGAGGACGACGAGUUUGCUGUCGGCGAGAGCGAGGUGGAGGAGGUCGACUCGUUCACCCCCGUCGUCCGCGGCCCGGGUGAGCGCGUGGAGGAGAUAUACGAGGAGGACGAGGACUCCAUCAAGACGGUGCGUACCAAGAAGGACCCGUCGGCCUCGUCGGGCCACGAGGCGGCCGCCGCCAUGAGCCAGUCCAUCAGCCCCGUGACCCUGGGCGAGGCUGCCGUUCCUGGCGGACGUGGCGUCGCAGGCUGAUGUCGCGCGUCUUGCCAUGUAGUAUUGUAGACAGCAGCCCCGGAGACCGAUUUCCCAUGCAGAUAGGACGGACAGUGUCGAGUCGGCUUUGGUUUCUUAUCUUGUCCUUUUUUUCACCAAUCCUUAUUUAUUUUGUUUACUUUUUCAAUACGUUCUCUUCUACCCUCUUCUUCUCGUUUGCCUCUCGUUGUUAAGGCUUCGUUUUGUUGAUAUCCUAGCUUUACAAAGCGUCUCGUUUGUUCUUCCAUGUCCCAAUUUUCCUGACUUGACUCCCUUCUGCACUCUACUAAUCGGGCUUCUCGUCACUGCCAAUGCUAUUCGGUGACUUGUUCUCACCAUGUCAACACAGUCCCCUACCAUUUUCUUUUUUGUGAUUAUUCAUUUCCUGAUGUAUUAAUAAUUCGCCGUAGACAUUUUCCCUCAACACGCAACCUCGAGCAUUUAUCAAUUAUAUUGCGAGUAGCUCUUGGUCAUUCACAGUG